AUGGAUCCAGCGCCGCCCCCAAAAUCCCUUCUCGGCAGACACCGCCUGCUCUCCCCUUCUGCGGCUGUCAAAGUCAGUCCGCUAUGUAUAGGCGCCAUGAAUUUUGGUGAUGCCUGGGCUGGCAUGAUGGGAGCAGUGUCGAAGGAAUCUGUAUUCGAGCUGCUCGACUACUUCCACGAUCAAGGCGGCAACUUCAUCGACACCGCCAACAACUACCAAUCCGAGCAAUCCGAGAUGUGGAUUGGCGAAUGGAUGCAUAAACACCCUGGCAUUCGCGACCAAAUGGUCAUCGCUACCAAAUACACCACCAGCUUCAGCAGCUACAAAGGUCACGACGGUAUCAUCCACAGCAACUCCGCAGGCAACGGUAGCAAAUCCCUCCAUGUCUCUCUCAGAAACUCUCUGCACAAGUUGAAGACGGACUAUAUUGAUGUGCUGUACGUGCACUGGUGGGAUUUUACAACCUCUAUUCCCGAGCUCAUGCAGAGCUUGAAUACCGUUGUCCAGCAGGGCAAAGUUAUCUACCUCGGCGUUAGCGACACUCCAGCUUGGAUCGUGUCAAAAGCCAACCAGUAUGCUCGCGACCAUGGCUUGCGCCAAUUUGUCGUCUACCAAGGUCAGUGGAGCGCCGCUAGCCGUGACUUCGAGCGCGACAUCAUCCCAAUGUGCGCUGACGAGGGUAUGGGUCUCGCGCCGUGGGGUUCGCUCGGUGCAGGAAACUUCAAGACGAAGAAGCAGAGGGAAGAGUUGAAGGGAGAGGGCAGGAACAUGUUUCCGCCUACUGAGAAUCAGAUCAAGCUUACAGAUGCGCUGGAGAAGGUUGCUGACCGAAAGAGCACGGCUAUCACCUCGGUCGCUCUUGCGUAUGUCAUGCACAAGGCGCCAUACGUCUUCCCAAUUGUGGGUGGGCGGAAGAUCGAGCACCUGAAGGGCAACAUUGAUGCCUUGGGUUUGGAGCUGAGCGAUGAGGAUAUGGCAGAGAUCGAUGGAGCUGCGCCUUUUGAUCUUGGCUUCCCUUUGAACUUCUUGAGUCAGAAGCCUGGAGGCGCGAGGGGACCGGGCGAUGUGUGGUUGAUGGACCUGGCUGGACACUUCGAUUAUGUCGAGGGCAACAAGCCGAUUAAGCCGUCGAAAGGUCAGGCUGAGACUCGUUCUCAGCCGUUCACAAAGCAAGAGUAG